CGUAAGUCUAGUCUUCAGAUUUAGACUGACUUACAGUGCCUUCCGUCCAAAGACUAAAUGUUACACUGUUUCAAAAUACCUUUAUUAUGAAUGGAAGAUUAAGCAUCUGGUGUCAAAGUUGAUAUUAGGCUGUGCGGCAAGAGAGGAAACGGUACCCUCUUAAUCUUAGAAUCUGACGUUGAAUAUCUGUCCAACUGUGUUUUUAUUGAUGAAGCAGGUUUCAAUAUCAACAUGAAGUGGUCGGGAGCGUGGGCUCCCAAAGGUAAUACUCCUAUUGUUAAGAUUCUCAGUACCAGCGCUGAAAAUAUUACCAUUUUAGGUGCUAUUUGCUUCCAAGGAGUUAAAAGUAGAAUUUAUUCAGAGCUUUACGUUAUACAGUGUCUAUUACGACAUACAGCCAUCUAUCGUUAGCGCAGGACAGUUGAUUGGAAGUCUACAUUUCUCAUGUUUAGUGCAAUUUAAUUGAUUAAAGCAUUUGCCUUAUAUGCAAUUAAUGUUGGAUCAAUCUCUUCUCUAGGUAUAUGACACCUAUCCCUAUCUUUUUUAUAUAUAUAUAAUGU